GAAGAAGUGAGGUUAUGUUAGCAAAUAUUUAAAAAAGUAUUGAUAAAAUCAGCGAAAAUUAACAACGUUGCGUUAUUAUUCGACAAUAAAUCGUUAUCCUUUUUUAUCCAUUUGCUAUAAUAAUGGUUAAUUCAAAAAAGAACGUAUGUGUAGUUGUUUUAGGCGACGUAGGGCGAAGCCCUAGGAUGCAAUACCAUUCGCUAUCGCUCGCUGAAAUGGGACACACUGUAGAUAUAAUCGGUUACGGCGAAACCGAGCCGUUAAAUGCAAUCAAAACCUCCGAAUCGAUUUAUUACCACUUUCUACUUGCACCUCCGAGGAUACCGCAGAAACUCCUUAAUUACGCCUUCAAAAGUAUAUGGCAGGCGUUGAAUUUGAUUUUCCUGCUAUUUAUCGCCAGGAAACCCGACGUACUUAUAGUGCAAAACCCUCCGGCAGUUCCAACGUUGUUAGUUUGUUGGCUGUUUUGUUUAGUCGUACGGUGUAAAUUCAUCAUCGAUUGGCACAAUUACGCUCAUUCUUUGAUGGCUUUGAGCGUCUCUAAAGACAGCUUAUUGACUCGCAUUACCCAGCGAAUCGAGGUAUUCGCCGGGAGGCGAGCCGAUCAUAACUUUUGCGUAACGAAUGCAAUGAAAGAAGAUUUAUACAAAACGUGGCAAAUAAAGGCUACUACUCUGCACGAUAAGCCUCCUGAGAUUUUCAGGCCGAUUGAUUUGAAAGAAAAACACGCUUUUUUAAAGAAAUUAGGAAAGAUGUACCCGCAACUUCUCUCAGACGAUGGUUCUACGGUCUUCACGAGUGAAGUUAACGAUGAAAUUACAUAUAAAACUGAACGACCUGGUUUGUUAGUUUCCAGCACAAGUUGGACUGAAGAUGAAGAUUUUAGCGUACUAUUUUCAUCUCUUCAAGCUUACGAAAACCACAUCGUAGAAGGGAAUUCCAGGAAACUGCCGGAGCUGGUUUGCUGCAUAACGGGACGAGGCCACUUAAAAGAGUACUAUUGCCAGAAGAUAAGCGAGCAGAAUUGGCAACACGUGGCGGUUCUGACGCCCUGGCUGGAACCGGCCGAUUACCCUUCGAUAUUGGCCUCCGCUGAUUUGGGCGUGUGUCUGCACACCAGCUCCAGCGGAUUGGAUCUACCGAUGAAAGUGGUCGAUAUGUUCGGUUGCGCUUUGCCCGUUUGCGCCUACGACUUCAAAUGUUUGGACGAGCUGGUGAAACACGGGGUUAAUAGUUAUAGAUUCAACUCGUCCGAAGAGCUGUCCAAAUUGUUGCUGGACUGGUUCCAGAAUUUCCCCAACGACGAAAUUCAAAUGGAGACUGCCAGGAAAUUCAAGACCGAGCUAGAAGCAUUCCAGAAUUUGAGGUGGCGUGAAAAUUGGUCCCGGAUCGCCGCGCCCGUUUUUAAUUGAGCUAUUUUUUACUGCCUAAUCGAUGAUAUUUUUAUAAUUAAAGAUUAUAAUAAUUAAAAAUUG